UUAAUGUAGGUAUUUGUUGCCAAUAUUGAAUAUCUUGACCAAUGUUUAGACCGCAUCUAUUUGUUCAAUAUAUUUGCAAACUGCUGCAUUGCUGAUUAACCAGAUAUAUAAAUCGAAAAUGUCUCUACCAGCUAUAGAGUUUGUGUCUUCCAGAAAAGAUGAUUUUCAUCUUCGUUGUUAUUGCGUCUUUCACACUUCUCUUGUAUCUUCAUGUUACAAGGAAUUUCCAUUACUGGAAGAAAAGAAACGUUCCGUACCUGGAACCGACGGCGUUUUUCGGAAAUUUCUUUCCCGUUUGUUCACGAAAACAAAUGAUUGGAGACUUUUACAAAACAAUUUAUAACUCAAAACGAACAGAAUACGUGGGAUUUUAUACAUUUGACCAGCCGUGUAUUUUAAUUCGCGAUCCUGAAAUUAUAAAAAAUGUGAUGAUUAAGGACUUUCAUAAUUUUACCAACCAUGCUGUAACUUAUAGUAAAGAUGACAAAUUGAGUGCCAACAUGCUGUUCUUCACAGCAAACUCAAAAUGGAAAACGUUACGAAGGUACUUUAGUACUACUUAUUCCUCGGCCAAACUAAAAAACAUGUUUGGGACCAUUGCCGAAAGGUGCGAUGGUGUGAUCCGGCACGUGGAUGAAGUUAGUAAAAAUGAAAUUGACUGCCGUGACUUUGCAAUGAGAUAUGGGGUAGAUGCGAUAUCGGCGUGUGGGUUUGGUAUAAAGGCCGACGCCCUUCAGAAAGAAUCAGCAUUCUUUAAAAUGACCAAACAACUCUCAGAAAUGGCUACAAGCAUGGCUGCAUUUUUCGUUGCUCCAAUACUGGUGGAGGUCUUCAAGCUGAAGUUUUUUGAGUCUCAAGCGGCGCAUUACCUCAAAGAUAUUUUCGUCAGUAUUACAGAGAAACGAAAAAAAUGCGAAUACGUCCAAAGGGGCGAUCUGAUUGACGUUUUGCUCCAGUUAGAACAAGAUGGCCAUAGUGUUGAUGAAAAUUUAAUUGGAGGCGCGGCAAUGCAGUUCCUUUUCGCUGGGUUUGAAACGACAGGGACGACAAUUAGUUUUGCUCUCUAUGAGCUAGCCAUGAAUCGCUCCGUUCAAGAACGCUUAAGGGAGGAAAUACGGUCACUAUGCGGUGGCAAAAAUAAGAUUUCUUACGAAAUGAUAAGUCAAAUGGGGUACUUAGAUAUGGUAUUAAAAGAAACUCUCCGAAAAUAUCCGGCAUUGCCGUUCCUGGACCGUCGCAGUAAAGCAUCCUAUAAAGUGCCUGGAAGUGAUUUAGUCAUCGACAAAGGUGUAAACGUUUAUAUCUCUUCAAUCGGGUUGCAUUAUGAUGAAAACUAUUUUCCAAACCCGUAUAAAUUCGACCCAGAACGUUUCGCUAGCAAACAAAAUCCUUGGGUUUAUAUGCCCUUCGGGAAUGGACCCCGAAAGUGCAUAGGAAGCAGAUUUGCGGAAUUGACUGUGAAAACGAUUUUAGUUAAAUUGUUGCUGAACUUCAGAGUUAAGCCAAGCCCAGAAACUCCUUACCGCAUAACAUUCGAAAAGAAUGGCGUCCUACUGGCACCAGAAGGGCGUAAAUUAUAUUUGAAUUUUGAACGCAUACAUCCAAAAUGCACUUGAAUUAUUUAUUAAAAUAAAAUUUUAAUUCAUACUAGUUUAGUACCUUGCUUGCAAUCUAUUUAAGUGUUCUAAA